CCGCCAUGAGGCCGCCUCCGCCGCUGCUGCUGGGCCUGGGCCUUCUGCUGCGGGGCCUCGGUGCGGCGGGAGGCGGGCUGGGCGAGCGGCAGCACGGCGACGGCGAGCACGGGCCGGACUACGACCGGAAGGCGCUGCUGGGAGGCCAGGAAGAAUUGGAAGACUUUGCCAAACUGAAUCCAGAUGAGCAACAGAAAAGGUUGAAAGGUAUUAUAAAGAAAAUUGACGUGGACACUGACGGCUUCCUCACAGAAGCUGAGCUAAGUUCAUGGAUCCAGCAAUCUUUUAAGCAUUAUGUUGUUCAAGAUGCCAAGCAACAGUUUGGUGAAUAUGAUAAAGAUGGUGAUGGAUACGUAUCCUGGGAAGAAUACAAUAUUCAAAUGUAUGAUCGCGUAAUAGACUUUGAUGAUGAUACAACUUUGGAAGACACGGAAGAAGAAUCUUUCCGGCAGCUCCAUUUAAAAGACAAGAAAAGGUUUGAAAAGGCCAACUGGGAUGGGAUUUCUGGCCUGAAUCUGGAUGAAUUCAUUGCAUUUGAACAUCCCGAGGAAGCAGAAUACAUGAAGGAGUUCGUAAUUCAGGAGGCUUUGGAAGAACACGAUAAAAGUGGUGAUGGAUUUGUGAGCCUGGAAGAGUUCCUUGGUGACUACAGAAGAGAUCCAACUGCCAGCGAAGAUCCAGAAUGGAUAGUCGUUGAGAAGGAUCGGUUUCAACAUGAUUAUGACAAGGAUAAAGAUGGAAAACUCAACCCUAAAGAGCUGUUAAGUUGGGUAGUGCCCAAUAACGAGGGUAUUGCUCAGGAGGAGGCUGCCCACCUUAUCGAAGAAAUGGACCUGGAUGGCAACAAAAAACUGACAGAGGCAGAGAUCCUUAGGAAUCAGGAUCUGUUUCUCAAUAGUGAAGCCACUGAUUAUGGCAGGCAGCUCCACGAUGAAAGUUUCUACCACGAAGAACUUUAGUUUCAAGAGAUUCUUCUUCGCUUCUUUGUUCCAGAAUUGGGUUUUUAAUGGUUUUCAGUUUUGAAAGUAAUACAAAACGUGUGCAUUGCUGCAAUAUACCGUUGUCUGCAGCUGUUGUUUUUUUCUUCCAUUCCUGAGUUUCUUUGUACAUUGCCUUUGAUGUUUUAGCCUCCAUAAUUUUGGUACUACAAACCUUGUAUCUUUUCAUCAAGAAUGGGAGCCUUUAAUGUUCAUAUUUUAUGUUCAUACUUGAAAAUGCAAAGAUUUGACAGCAUUAGAUAAUUGCCACUAGUUCGUGUUAAUAUUUUUGAAACGAGCAAAAACAAGGAGAAAAUGUUUGUCUGGUUUCAUGUUCAUAAUAAUUCUUCUGAAUGAAUAUUCAGGCGAACUAAAACCUUAUUUGUAAGGCUUCUGUGUAUAUUAACUUCUGUAGAAGGUAUUUAUACAAUCUGGGAAUCUUAUUUUUGCAUCUAGAUAGCAUUUAUUUUUACUGUAAUGAUAUAGCUUUAGAAAGUGUAUUGUAUUUAAGUAAAAACUAGUCACUUCAAAACACUUGAACACUCAAAUGC